AUGAACAACAGCUCAUCGAGACCCAGAAGCGGCGUUAAUUCUCCUAUGGUGGGAAGUCGAAGGCAACAAACACCGUCGCCACAAUCUAGCACGUCUUCACACAUUAGUGAAGCAGACGGGUUUUCGUCCAAUGGUAAAAGCAGUCUCCUGCCGCAACUGUUUACCUGUGCACAGCUGGACAUCAAUGUGGCGAUGAAUUAUGUGUUGCAACGAUUCUUCGAGAUGCAAGACUCACAAUUGGCACCGUCGCUGCGAGUGGUGGACCUGGUUGUGGAACAGACGUACUCAGAAUCUUUAACGCUCCGACAACUCAACGAUACGUUCUCAAAUAAGCAGUAUCGGUACUUCAACACGGUGUCACGCAGCAGACAGGUAUCCAACUGUCCGGUGUUUUGCGUCGCAUUGUAUGCUGCAAGCCGGUGGGGAGGCCAUGCGGGCGGCAUCCCAAUCCGGUUCGAAGAUUUUCAGAACAUGCGGCUGUUGGCAGAUACCAGCAGCUUCGAGGCAUUGGCGGCAAGCCGAGCAGCCGGGGUUUCGCCGUCAUCGGAGUCUGAACCGGUUAGCGGGAUUCCAUCAAGCUCACAGGGCAAAAUUGUACGAAUAAUGGAACCACCGGAUGAACUGCGAAACGAGGUUUUCCCUUGGCUCGACCAGCUGCAAAGGGAUUUGGAGACCAAAGACCGCACGAACUACAACCUACACACGCUGUGCGAGCUGUUUGAGUAUCUAGCCCGCGUGCUUAUACAGGACAUUGCAUAUCUUAGCUGUACGAAUGAGCUGCCGUACUUGCUCUCUAACGUGAUGGGAUACGUGCCCCGGCUGCAAAAGAACUUCACAUUCAAGCAAUUUAGGAGUGAGAUGCAACGAAUGGUCAUAUCUCAAUCCAAAUCCAUCAGUUGGAACGACCAGGUUCUGUUGAAAGUUGAGGAAGGGUACAUAGACAUUUCCCGGCGUUUCGCGCUACAUAAUCAGUUUCUUCAGGAGGAGCUCAGAUCUCUGCGACACGAGCUCAAGUCCAUGAAACAGCUUCUCACAGAAACUGCAAAUGCCCAACGCAUGCUUGCGACCAAUAGUGCACCCAACAGUUCAGCAUUCACAAACUCUGUAGGUGCAGGCGCCAAUGGCGCGGAUAAAAAUGGGCUUUCAUCAAAUUUCUUCAACAGUGUGGGCCCCACAAGCGAUGAACAGGCCCAAAGAACACCCUCUCUCGCGCCUAUAAACAUGUUUCAUUCGCUGAGCGGUUCAGCUGUUCAGGAAACUCAGAAGAGAAAACUCCCGUUGCCAAAUCAAUCCGGAUUUUCACCCCCGACCAUCGAGUCGCCUUUCAAGCGUUUCCGGUUUGACGAUCCGAAGGCUGGAACUCCCACGCAACAGCAAGUUUUACAACAACAACAACUGCAACAGCAGCUACAACAGCAGCUGCAACCUCAUACCCAGCCCACUCAAAUCAGCGCACCGUUGGAUUCCAUCAUUCUGCGCAACACGGGGAGCCCCAGGCUGGGAAUAUCAUCACUCACCAGCGCACCUAUGACAUCACAACUUUCACCCCAGUACGCCAGUUCCCAGUUAUCGUCGCAGCUUUUGAACAAGAGACCUUCUUUAGGUGCGUCCCCCGCUGCCCACACCUCGCACGACGUGCUCAAAUACAAGCUAUCACGCGAGAACAAGACUAUUUGGGAUCUUUACAACGAAUGGUACGUGGGUCUCAACGGCGAUCCGUCUAUCAAGUAUCUGAUCGAUACAUACGGCUGGAGGCGUUGGAAAGUCGGCGACGACUCACAUUUUUUCCCAACGCGCCGAAUCAUCAUUGAUUACAUCGAGCGCGAGGUUGACCGCGGCGUCCGUGCGGGCAGGUUCCUGAACACGGACCGCGAAAGCAUGCGGAAGAUCAUCACCGAUGAUCUCGAAAAGUUUCGAGUAACCAAUGGGCUUACCUUGAACAGCAUCUCGAUGUAUUUCAGGAACUUGACGCGCAAGAACACCGAGAUUUGCAUAUAUGAGGAUUUCGAGAAUUGGGAAGUCCUGCAUAUAGACGAAGACGAAAAGAACAAGUAUUGCAAAAGACGACACAAUUCCAGUUGA